ACAAAGUUCAUCCGUAUUGGAAUAGCUGACAAAAACGAUAAUCCACCAUACUUUGAUAAGGGCCUCUACGAGGCAGAAGUAGAUGAAAAUGAAGACAUUCAGCAUACAGUUCUCACUGUUACCGCCAAGGAUCACGAUGAGUCCUCGCGUAUUCGAUAUGAGAUUACGAGCGGUAACUUAGGUGGUGCUUUUGCUGUAAAAAAUAUGACUGGGGCCAUUUAUGUGGCAGGAGCAUUAGAUUAUGAAACAAGAAAAAGAUAUGAACUUAAAUUAACUGCAUCAGACAAUCUAAGAGAAAAUUAUACUACUGUAGUUAUUCAUGUUAAGGAUGUAAAUGAUAAUCCCCCAGUUUUUGAACGACCAACUUAUAGAACACAAAUCACUGAAGAAGAUGAUAGGAAUUUACCAAAGCGUGUUCUCCAGGUACUAGCCACCGAUGGAGAUAAAGAUAGACCCCAAAAUGUUGUAUACUUUUUAACGGGUCAGGGAAUAGACCCUAAUAACCCAGCAAAUAGUAAAUUUGAUAUAAAUCGUACAACUGGCGAAAUUUAUGUUUUAAAGCCAUUAGAUAGAGACCAACCAAAUGGUCGACCUCAGUGGCGCUUUACAGUGUUCGCACAAGAUGAAGGAGGAGAAGGACUUGUCGGUUAUGCUGACGUUCAAGUUAAUCUUAAAGACAUCAAUGAUAAUGCUCCAAUAUUCCCUCAGGGCGUAUACCAUGGCAAUGUUACAGAGAAUGGCACCGCAGGAAUGCUUGUUAUGACUAUGACAGCAGUUGAUUAUGACGAUCCAAGCGAAGGAACAAAUGCAAAAUUAGUUUACUCAAUUGAAAAAAACGUUAUUGAAGAAGAAACAGGUUCACCGAUUUUUGAAAUUGAACCCGAGACUGGAGUUAUUAAAACAGCCGUUUGUUGCCUUGAUAGGGAAAGAACGCCUGAUUAUUCCAUACAAAUAGUAGCGGUAGAUGGAGGAUCGUUAAAAGGGACCGGUACGGCCUCGAUACGAGUAAAAGACAUAAAUGACAUGCCUCCACAAUUCACCAAGGAUGAGUGGUUCACCGAAGUGGAUGAAACAGAUGGCACAAAUUUACCGGAUACACCGAUACUUACUGUGACCGUUCACGACGACGAUGAAACCAACAAAUUCCAAUAUAAAGUACUUGACAAUAGUGGAUUUGGUGCAGAUAAAUUUACGAUGGUAAGAAAUAACGAUGGUACUGGAUCUCUGAAAAUAGUUCAGCCAUUAGACUUCGAAGAUCAAUUACAGAGUAAUGGCUUCAGAUUUAAAAUUCAAGUUAAUGAUAAGGGUGAAGACAAUGAUAAUGAUAAAUAUCAUGUGGCUUACUCUUGGGUGUUAGUUAAAUUACGUGACAUAAAUGACAAUAAGCCUCAGUUUGAGAAGUCUAAUAUCGAAACCACUGUGCUAGAAGACGCGGCUGUUGGAAAUAGUUUAGAAACAUUUAAGGCAAGAGACCCUGAUCAAGGUGGUAAUAGCAAAGUUUCAUAUGCCAUUGAUCGUACUUCUGACCGUAAACGGCAAUUUCACAUAAACGAAAACGGUACUGUUACCAUUCAGAGAAGUUUGGAUCGUGAAGAGACCCCACGGCAUCAAGUCAAAAUUCUUGCCAUUGAUGAUGGAAUUCCGCCAAAAACUGCUACAGCAACCCUUACAGUUAUUGUUCAAGAUAUAAACGAUAAUCCACCAACUUUUUUGAGAGAUUAUAGACCCAUCCUACCUGAGUAUGCUACACCAAGAAAAGUAAUCGAAAUUCUUGCAACGGAUAAUGACGACAGAUCUAAAAGCAACGGUCCACCAUUCACAUUUAGAAUGGAUCCUAAUGCUGAUGAUAUCAUUAAGUCGAGUUUCAAAGUUGAAAGUGAUAACAAGGGUGCUAAUGGUGAUGGCAUGGCCAUUGUAUCAUCACUUCGUUCAUUCGAUCGAGAGCUACAAAAAGAAUAUUUUAUUCCUAUCGUCAUUAAAGAUUCGGGAACACCACUUAUGGCAGGAACAAGUACAUUAACUGUUGUUAUCGGUGAUAUAAAUGAUAAUAAAAUGCAACCAGGAUCCAAAGAAAUACUUGUAUAUAAUUAUGCUGAACAAUCACCUGAUACGGAAAUUGGCCGAGUUUACGUCUACGAUCUGGAUGAUUGGGAUUUACCAGAUAAAAAAUUCUAUUGGGAGGGUUUGGAACACGCUCAAUUUAAAUUGGAUGAGGACACAGGAAUGAUUUCAAUUAAAUCGGGCACACAUGACGGAAAAUAUCAUUUGCGAUUUAAAGUAUAUGACCGAAAACACACACAAACUGAUGUGCCAGCUAAUGUGACAGUGACUGUAAAAACAAUACCGCACGAAGCAGUAAUUAAUUCGGGUUCAGUUCGCAUAUCGGGAAUAUCAGAUGAGGAUUUCAUACGAGUAUGGGAUUAUAAAAACCAGCGAUUAACAAGAAGUAAAAUAGAUCUGUUUAAAGAUAAAUUAGUGACUCUAUUGGAUAUAGAGAGAGAAAAUGUGGACAUUUUUAGUGUUCAAUUGAGAAGAAGCAAUCCACCAUUAACCGAUAUUAGAUUUGCUGCUUACGGAUCUCCUUACUAUAAACCAGUUCGUCUGAAUGGUAUUGUUUUAAUGCAUCGAGAAGAAAUUGAAAAGGAUGUUGGAAUAAACAUAACUAUGGUGGGAAUUGAUGAGUGUUUGUAUGAAAAUGAAAUGUGUGAAGGUAGUUGUACCAACGUUCUUGACAUUAACAAUGUACCAUAUAUGGUAAAUGCUAAUAAAACUGCUCUUGUCGGUGUAAGAGUUAAUGUAAUUCCACAAUGUACCUGCGGUGCUCGAAAUUUCAGUACAAGCGAAUCAUGCAGAAAUAAUCCCUGUUACAACGAUGGACGAUGCUUUGAAGGACGAUAUGGAUUAACUUGCCAAUGUCCUCCUGGAUAUAAUGGUCCAAGGUGUCAACAAACUACUAGGAGCUUCCGAGGAAACGGAUGGGCCUGGUAUCCAGCUUUAGAAAUGUGUGACAACAGUCACCUCAGUUUUGAAUUUAUCACGAGAAAACCCGACGGGUUGUUACUUUACAAUGGACCUAUUGUACCUCCAGAGUCAGACGAAGUUAUGGUUUCCGAUUUCAUUUCCAUCGAACUGGACCGAGGCGUUCCCAGGCUAUUAAUUGAUUUCGGAUCAGGAACUUUAGAAUUAAAAGUAAAACCACAAAGACCUUUAGAUGACGGCGAGUGGCAUCGGCUAGAUAUAUUUUGGACAACUGAAACAGUUAGACUGAUUGUCGACUUUUGUAAAUCGGCAGUAAUCACUGAGCUUGAAGAUGGAACGCCGCCAACUUUCAAUGAUUCAUCUUGUCAAGCAACAGGCACAGUUCCACCAUUCAAUGAGUACCUGAAUGUAAAUGCGCCUCUUCAACUCGGUGGCCUUUAUGUUGAGCACUUUGAUCCUACUCAGUAUAAAUGGAAAACACGACCGAUUGGAAAAGGUUUCGAAGGAUGUAUAAGAAAUCUCUUCCACAAUAGCAAGCUUUACAAUUUGGCUCAUCCAGGACUGUCUAGACAUAGUGUAGCUGGUUGUCCUCAAACAGAUCAAAUUUGUAACAAUCAAGAUUCAACGUUUAGAUGCUGGGAGCACGGUACUUGCGUCGGUAGCUUCACAGAAGCUCGAUGCCAAUGUAAUCCUGGAUGGACUGGACCUGGUUGUAUGACACCAACUAUUCCAACAACCUUUAAACAACAAAGUUAUAUUAAAUACGCGUUAUCAUUUGAACCUGAUAAAUAUUCAACGCAAAUCCAACUACGCUUCCGAACAAGAGAAAACCAUGGAGAACUUUUUAGAGCUAGUGAUCAGCAUAAUAGGGAAUAUGCAAUAUUAGAAAUCAAAGGGGCUCGACUACAAUUUCGAUAUAAUUUAAAUAAUUUGAGAGUUGAAGAACGAGAUAUUUGGCUUAGUGCCAUAACUGUAAAUGACGGCCAAUGGCAUACCGUAAGAGUAUCAAGAUACGGUUCUGCUGCAACAUUGGAAUUAGAUGGUGGUGAAGGACGAAGGUUUAAUGAAACAUUUUCAUUUGAGGGCCAUCAAUGGCUUUUAGUUGACAAACAAGAAGGAGUUUAUGCCGGAGGUAAAGCUGAAUACACUGGAAUCAGAACUUUUGAGGUUUACGCUGAUUUUCAGAAAGGGUGCUUGGAUGAUAUAAGAUUAGAUGGUAAACAUCUUCCUCUACCACCAGCAAUGAAUGGAACUCAAUGGGGUCAAGCUAUAAUGGCUAGAAAUCUCGAGAGAAUGUGUCCUUCUAACAAAUCAUGUGCUAAUGUUAUGUGCUCUGAACCUUUCGAGUGUAUUGAUCUCUGGAAUGCACACGCUUGCACAUGUGGUGAAGGGAGAAUUCGAUCUCAGGAUGGUAAGGGGUGUGUGGAUAAAAAUGAAUGUAUUGACUAUCCUUGCUUGAAUGGUGGAAGGUGUAUCAAUCAAGACCCUAGAACAAGAUAUAGGUGUAUCUGUCCUGAUGGAUUCUGGGGUGAAAACUGCGAAUUGAUUCAAGAAGGUCGAACUUUAAAAUUAAGCAUGGGUGCUCUUGCUGCUAUUUUAGUAUGCCUUCUGGUUAUUCUCGUUUUAGUGUUAGUAUUUGUAGUUUACAACAGAAGAAGAGAAGCUCAUAUUAAAUAUCCAGGGCCAGACGAUGAUGUAAGAGAGAACAUUAUUAAUUAUGAUGAUGAAGGAGGCGGAGAAGAUGACAUGACAGCAUUUGAUAUUACACCAUUACAAAUUCCUAUUGGUGGGCCUAUUCCUGAAAUGAAUGCAAAACUUACAUCCUGUAAAAUUGCAUAUACUUUGGGGCCAGAACCAAAUGUCGGAAUUUUCAUAGAAGAUCAUAAAAAAAGAGCUGACAGUGAUCCAAAUGCUCCUCCGUUUGAUGAUCUUCGGAAUUAUGCAUACGAAGGAGGUGGCAGUACUGCUGGCUCAUUGUCUUCGUUAGCAUCUGGCACUGAUGAUGAACAACACGAUUAUGAAUAUUUGGGCGCAUGGGGUCCAAGGUUCGACAAACUUGCAGAUAUGUAUGGUCCAGCUGAAGAAAGUGAAGAAGAGGAAUAAGUGAAUAUUAGUCCAUUAUGCGACUACAAUGGUGCCUGCAUUAUUAUAGAUGCAAUAUGACAGGAUCAUAUAAACGGAGAAAAGAAAUCUUUUAAAAUAAUAAGGUAAAAAAUGGUACAGUGGGCAUAAACACAAAUAAAAAUAAAGAAUCUUUUUUAUCAUUUAUUUAACAUAUAGACUGUCUCAAGGAAUGAUAAAAAUAGAGAUAAAAAUGAAUGUGCGGUAAAUAAAUACAAUUUGAAGAAAUCUAAAAGAUCUAUAUAUUAUGCCCAACUGUCAUUUUUAUUUUACCUUAAAGCAUGAAUAAUAUUGCAAUAAUAAUAAGCUCAUAAAAAAACGAAAGAAAAUUGUUACUUGCACUGGAAGUUGCAUAAAUUUUAAAAACUAUGCAGUAUGAAGAUAUACUUAGUCAUCAUUCCUAUAAAUACGAUAAUUGUAAGAAUUUUGUAUAAAUUUAUUUAUUAUUUAUAUUUGUUUAUUACCGAUGUUAAAUCACUAUUCAUUGUUUUGAUUGUCAUGUUUUGGUUUUAUGAAAUUUUUGAAACUUUCACGAAUAUUUCUAUGAACCAAUACCAAAGAAAAAUAAUUGUAAUUUAGACCUGAAAGUUUGUCUAUUUUAUACAUGUAACGAACUCCGAUCUCAACACUACGUACAUAAGAUAAAAGUCUCAAAUUUUUAAUCUAACUUUUAUUUAAUAAUGGAGUAAUUUUUUAAUUAUAUUGAACUGUUGAUACAAUUAUUAAUACAAAUUAAAUAUCAGAAAUGUGUGUUCCGGUGCAACAAAAAAUAGUUAUUAAUGAAUAUUUUACUGUCAUUUUAUCGUUGUUUGCCAUAAUACUAUUAAUGAAACGAGAAAUCAUUGACUGAUCAAUUAUCUACCACUAUUGAUGAGCACAAUCAUCGUUAUCAAGUAUUAAUACGUAGAAACUACAAAGAUCAAUUUCACAAUGUAUUAUUAAUAAAUAUUCGGAGAAAAUAUGUCAUUGUCGUGCACAUGUAAUUAUAUUCUUUAAUCAACGCUAAACCAAAAAAAAAAUUUUUUAAAAGUAUGAAUUUAUACGAUUUGAUAAAUUAAUUAAUUUAAUUUAUAACUAAUUUAAUUUUUAUUAUUAUGUAGAAAAAAUUUUUUUUAAUAUUUGUUGUGUAAAAAAUAUGAGACAAACAACAAACUAAUGAAUGAAUCGAGUGCGAGAGAAAUAUCGCAUGUGUACUUUCUAUAAAAGUAAUUUUAAAAAUAAGUGAAGAAUAUUAUAUCUCACGAGAAGUCAAAUGCAUUUAAAGAGAAAAAACUCAAAGCAUUUGAUAAUUUUUUCAAUCAAUUGACUUGCAAAAUUCUCAAUGAGAUAUUCUUAUAGUCAAUUUACUAUUUAGAUAGUCGACGUGACCAUUAUUUGUAUAAGUGGUACUGAAAAGUGCGAUCGAUGUAUGAAUAUGUAAUUAUAAUAAUUAAUUACGGAAAAAAAAAUUAGAUCAAUGGAACAGAAUUCUCUAAGAAAUUUGUCAUAUUAUCUUACGUACUAUUACAAUAAUAUUGUAUGAGAUUAUUAUUAUUAUUAUUAUUAUUAUUAUUAUUAUUAUUAUUAUAACAUCUUAAAAUUAAUUAUCAUUGUAAUAUUUAUCAUUUUAUAAUUUGUGAUAUUA